UUUUCUUUCCUAUAUACCUUUCUAAUGCCACUAGAAAUAAAAAACGAAAGAAUGGCUCUAGAUAUCUCUACAUUAUUAAAAUUAAUUCCGACGUUUGACACCAAAGAAAAUAACCAACUAUAUAGAUUUGUUCGAUCUUGCAAUUCUGCCUUUGCUUUAGCCUCUUUAGAACAAGAAUCAAUCCUCUUAGUAUACGUUUUAAAUAACAUCACUGGCUCAGGUGCCUCCGAUGUCCAUUGUAAACAAUACAAAACAUGGAUUGAGCUCAGAUCGUUCCUUAUCGAAAAAUUCUCGCAUGUAAAAACGAUUAGCCAUCUAAGCCUAGAACUACAGUCUAUGUUCCAAAAACCAAACGAAACAAUGACUGAAUAUUUUCACCGGGUAGACCUCUGUAGGAGUAAAAUCGUAGAAAAACUAACAGCGGAAAUUUUAGAUGAGACGCUCGCAGGUCGGUUAGCGACCACAGAAGAAACCGCCUUAUCGGUAUUUAUCAACGGAAUUAAUUCAGACGUAGGAGCAAUGCUGAGAACUAAAAACUUUAGUAAUCUCUCCGACGCAGGUCGUUUCGCGCUACAGGAAGACAAAAUUCGAGCAAUGAAUAAUGCUAGGCAGGCACUAUUUAGAGUAUCAGCCGCUAGUAGGUCUGUUAAUAGUCCUAGACCGCACGUAAAAUUUACGAUUGACAAUCGAUCGAUGACGCGACCUCCUAAUAUAUACCAACAGAAUACAUCAAAAACGCCACCAUAUCAAAACGUUAUUUGCAAUUACUGUAAGAAACCAGGCCACCUCAUCGCCGAUUGUAGGAAACGAGCAUAUAAUAAUAAUAUCAGAAACUCGUUACAAGAACAGAACAUAUCGCCCCAACAAAAUUUCCGUGCAUUACCUGCCGCUAAAAUAAAUAAUUUAAACCAUUUAGCGGCCAGCGAAGCGAGCAGUUCGGUGGAAACCGCUUUAACGUCUUGCUCACCUCAUCAAACACAGACAUCGACCCAGGAAUUAAACCUGGAGGACCUACAAAUAGAUUCUUAG